UUGCCUAAGACCGUUCCAUCCCCAGAAAGGAUUUGAACUGGGGCGGGAACCCCCUUUCCAGCCACUUGCCAGCUUUACGUGGCCAGGGCUUCCCUUGGCUAAAGUAAUCCCAGUGGCGAGGAGGUGGUGCCGGGGAGGAGAUGGCUCCGUUCAGCCUUGAGGAGCAGGAGAUCCCUGGAGUUUUGCUCAUCUCUCCCAGUUCAUCGGAGCCAACGCCUGGCUCCGGUAUAAACCCAAACCUCUCCACCCCUCCGGGACCUACUGUGUGCUCAGGGCCUGGCACACAGUAGGUCCUCAGCAAAUACCCAUUGGGAGAACGAACUCCCAGCCUGCACUGUCUUGAGACAUAGCUCCCGUUGGCUCAUCAAGCCUGAUAACUCAGACUUUGUCUGUGCAUCGCUUGGCGCCUCACCCGGUGUGUAAUGGGUAAUACACACGGGAAAGUGGGCCAACAGGUUCCCCUGCUUGUGCCAGAGCCCACAGGCGGUUCUGUGAGCUGCUUCCCCUGGAGCGCCGGAGCAUGGAGGAGUCGCUGCAGGCGCGAGUGUCCCUGGAGCAGAUCUUCAGCCUUCCAGAGCUCAAGGCCAACCCCUUCAGGGAGCGCAUCUGCAGGGUCUUCUCGACCUCCCCCGCCCGAGACAGCUUGAGCUUUGAGGAUUUCCUGGACCUCCUCAGCGUGUUCAGUGACACAGCAACGCCAGACAUCAAGUCCCACUACGCCUUCCGCAUCUUCGAUUUCGAUGAUGAUGGAACCUUGAACAGAGAAGACCUAAGCCAGCUCGUGAACUGCCUCACGGGAGAGGGCGAGGACACACGGCUCAGUGCUUCAGAGAUGAAACAGCUCAUUGACAAUAUCCUGGAAGAGUCUGACAUCGACAGGGAUGGGACCAUCAACCUCUCCGAGUUCCAGCACGUUAUUUCCCGUUCACCGGACUUUGCCAACUCCUUCAAGAUCGUCCUGUGACGGGAGCCACACAGCCGGUUUCCCAGCCGCCGUACAAUAACCUUGACACUGCUGAGCCGUGGCCAAGGUUACGCCUGUGUUGCCAGGGCCGGCCGAGCUGGCCCGGUCGAGCUGGCACUGUGCAGUCUUGUCCCAGGCAGGGAAGGGCGCUCCCAGUCAGUGCCUCACCCCUUCUCACUGCCGUUGUCACCGCUCUGUGUUUCUGCUAAUCAGUAAUAAAGGUUAAGACGUUUUGA